AUGCUAAACACUGCAGAAAAACCGGGUGGUCCUCAGUCUUUUGAAAUCGGAAUCAGUGUGGGCGACGGAAAUAUGAAGUUCACUUCAGAAGACAGCAAGGCGCUUUUGCGACAUGACAUCGAAAUCGCAAAGUCAGAAAGCGACAAUCGGCUUUAUCUAGCAGUCACAUUAAGGAAUCAGUUGAAGGUCCUCCUCAUAAGUGAUCCUCAAACCGAUAAGGCGGCAGCCUGUCUGGCCGUUGGAGUCGGCAGUUUUUCUGAUCCAGCUGACGUGCCUGGUUUGGCGCAUUUCUGUGAACACAUGAUCCUUCUGGGAAGCCAGAAGUAUCCGGGAGAAAACGAGUACUCUAAAUUCAUAACUUCACACAAUGGAUACUGCAAUGCAUUUACUUCUACAACAGAAACUUGUUACGUUUUUGACAUUGUUCCUGAAUAUCUCUAUGAAGCACUCGAAAGGUUUUCAGAACUAUUCGUUGCACCACUCUUCACGGAAUCAGCCACUGAGCGUGAGGUUAAUGCUGUUGAUUCAGAGCACGAGAAAAAUUUGGCCGUCGACAAUCGCCGUAUCAUGCAAAUUGAUAAAAUUAUGGCUGCACCAGAGCACGAUUAUGCUAAAUUUACCACCGGUAAUAAGGAAACGCUCUUUGACACUCUCAAGGCGAAUUCAAGGAACGUUCGUGAUGAACUUAUUAAGUUUUAUGAAAAUUUUUACUCCUCCAAUAUCAUGGCUGUGACGAUUCUCGGGAAAGAAUCGUUGGAUGAAAUGGCGAGUAAAUACGCCCCCCUGUUUGAAAACAUACCGAACCGAAAUGUAAUACCGAAGUCAUGGAUGACCACCCCUUGGACAAAAGAAUAUUUACAGAAAAAAAUAUAUAUAGUUCCUGUCAGAGAUUUUCAUGAGCUUCGCAUUAUUUGGCCCAUCAAGGACUAUACCAAAUUCUACAAGUCGGCGGCAAGUCUACCUUGCAGAUACCUGACACACCUACUCGGCCAUGAAUCAGAGGGCAGUCUGUUGAGUGCAUUGAAGCGACGCAGUCUCGCGACUGAUUUGAUGACUGAGACCUAUAGACCGGGUUCUGGCUUCGCUUGUGUCAUCCUCUAUGCCAGUCUCACCGACAGUGGCCUCGACAACGUUGAUGAAGUCAUUACCCUUGUCUUUCAAUACCUCAACAUGGUGAAAUACGUAGGGUUUCAGCAAUGGAUUUUUGAGGAGGAGAAGAAUAUACAGGCCUUGCGUUUUCGUUUCAAAGGCAAAGAAGAUCCCUUCGAGUAUGUUCAUAGGCUAUCACCUCGAAUGUUUUUAUAUCCGCCGGAAGAUCUACUGACUGUACCCUAUAUACUUACGGAAUUUCGACCAGAUCUGAUUGAAGAAGUCCUCUCUGCUCUCAUUCCAGACAAUUUUAGGUGCAUCAUUGUGAGCCAAAAAGUUGCGGAUCGUUGCAAUGAGACAGAAAAGUUUUACAAAGCUAGCUAUGGUUGCGAACCAGUGCCUCCAGAGAAGAUUGAGGCCUGGCGUAAUUGUGGUCUUUGCCCAGAACUGCAUUUGCCACCACGCAACCCCUACAUACCAACCGAAUUCGGCCUAAAAUGCGAAUCCUGCCCUGACCUGGAGGACAUGUCCUCGGGGCCACGAAUCCUCUUGGAGAAUGAUGGCGCACGGCUGUGGUUCAAGCAGGAUAAGGAAUUCAAGUUGCCCAAAUGUUACAUCAACUUCAACCUUAUCAGUCCGCUUUGGGCGCAAGAUCAGGUCCGCGAUCUACUGUUGCAGCUGUUCAUUAACCUCUUCAUCGACAGUGUAAACGAGGACUCCUAUCAAUGCAGCCUCGCGGGCCUCUGCUUCAACAUCGUGGCCAGUGCACCCACGCUGCGACUAAAUUUCAGUGGUUACAGUCAUAAGAUGCCGGUAUUAGUGGAGAACGUUGUGAAUCGCUUGGUGCAAUUCACGAGGCCAGAUGAGGAGCGCUAUGCGGUUCUGCUGAAGAAAAUGGAGUUAAAAGUGAAGAACUUCACGUCCUUUUCGCCUCUCGACCAGGCCGAUGGCUACUGUGCCUCGGUUCUAUUUGAUCGUGCCUGUCUUCAUGAGGAGAGGUGUGCAGCGCUCAACGAAAUCACAUACGAAGAACUGGUGGAGUUCAUACCCUCAUUCUUUCGUCGUGUCUUCGUCGAGACGAUGGUGUACGGUAAUGUGGACGUGGAAGAGGCCUUGAAAAUCCACGAAACCAUGACUAGCGCCCUCCAGAAGCAUGUCCACUGGCGGUCACCCGUGGCUAUGGUCUCACCGCAGAUGCGAGAAGUUGAAAUUCCCACGGGUCCCUCACACAUAUACAAGCGAAUUAAUCGAAGUAACGCGAUUUCGGCUAUUCUGGUCUACUACCAGAACCUUCCUAUUACUUCGGAAAAUUGUGCGAUCCAUCGCCUCUUCGAUCAGCUUAUUCGUGAACCUGCAUUCAAUAACCUUCGUACUGAGAAACAGCUAGGUUACAUAGUUCGAGCGGGCUGGCACAUAUCUAACUCCUUCCAGGGCAUCCACCUAGUCAUCCAAUCGAAGUAUCAUCCCAGAGAAUUGGAUGAACACAUCGAGAAGUUCGUUGCAAGCAUGGAGGCAAGUUUAUCAACAGUGCUGUCCAAACCUGGGUUCAUGACGAUACUGAUAAACAUGUCAGCGAGCGAGUUUAACGCGCACAUUGAAUCCGUGGUUGCAUUGUUGCUCGAAAAGCCCAAAAAAAUGAGUCAGCAGGCAACAAGGUAUUGGACCCAGAUCUUUAGACAGCGUUAUGACUUCGAUCGGUUUGAACGAGAAGCGGAAAUAAUCAGGAACACUAGUAAGGAUCAUGUGCUCGCCUUUUAUAAUACCUACAUCAAGGCAGCAUCGGAGGCUCGAAGAAAAUUGGCCAUUUACGUUAUCGCUGAAGACGCACCACCGACAAAGAAAGAAGACAUGGGUGUGGAAAUUGCAAACCCGAUAGAAUUCAAGCGCACUCUACCGCUUCGUCCGUUGGCUGCGCCCUGUAAUCUGACGGAUCGCAGAUCGCAAAAAUCAUCCCAGCCGUUGAAGGAAGGGCCUCACUGA